AUGGCUUCUUCCGACGACAUCGCGGCCGUUCUCCUUCGUGGGAAGCACCGCGAUGAUCUACCUCUAGUCGAUUACAUUUUGCGGAAAACCCAAUACCUUUACGCCCUCAUCCUACUCACAGCAUUCAUAUCCGGUGCGGCUUGGUACAGCGUCGUUAAUUCCAAGAAGCAAGAGGACCAAGUUCAAUCUACAAUUAAGGGUCCUGGAGGCAAGCCGUUGCCCAUCACCAAGAAGAAGCGCUCUCGCGCCGACGGUGACCGGAAGAUUGGCCCAGGCUUUGGCCGCACCGCCAAAAAUGUCUUCCGUUAUCUCGCCUUUGUUGUCUUUAUGACCUACGUAGGCAGCGCUGGAUUCAUGUUCUACCAUGCUUUCUGGUUCGAAGACCCCUACCACUGGUCGAAUGAGGGGCUACCGUGGGCUGGUGAAUGGAGCGUUGUCCACGUCACCGGAACACUCUUCUUCUACCUCUAUAUCCUCAUCUCCCUGUUCGAUUGGCGUAAGGGCCCUAACAUCGUUCACUUCAUUGUCUGGAUUCUAGGCUUCGCUGGCGAGGUUGUCAUGUUCUCCACGACUGCAGUUGCUGCUGCCGAUUGCCACUUCUUUCGCUCCGUUCGAAACAAAGGCUCUGGAAAGGACGGCAACUGUGUUGAUUACUGGACCAAGAUCGACCUCGUUCUCUAUUUCAUUCGAAUACUUCAUCUACUUGCCCUGAUCGGGGUAUUUAGCUUAGCAUGGAUUCGUAAAGCUCGCGGCGCAGACGACAAGAAAAUCGAAGAAGCUCAUCCGGCUGAAUCGACACCGCUUCUUAACGGGCACCGCUGGUCGUACGAUACUGCCAAUGGCCAAUUGGCUAACGGUCAGGUUCCCAAUAGUCGAGAAACCAACGGCCGAGAGGUUAAUGGUCGCCGGUCACGCGGAAGGACAAUCUCUAACGCACAUAAGACACCGAGUUUUCCUAAGAAAGAAGAACCCGCCGCUUUUUAUCGACCCGAGAAGCUGCCACACAAGACAUGGUGGGAAUAUCUUAAGGGAUACUCUCUAUUCUUCCCUUACCUUUGGCCUAAGGACUCUGUCAAGCUUCAGAUCAACGUCCUUAUCUGCUUCAUUCUGGUUCUAUUACAGCGUUUAGUCAACGUGCUUGUUCCAUUAGCAGUCAAACAAGUGGUCAACAGUCUUGAGGUGGUGAUCAAGCAAGUUCAGGCUGGUGAACGUCUUUCGAUGGAUAACUUCCCACUGAAAGAUUUCGUAAACCUGGGAGUUUUGUGGAUCCUCCAAGGCCAGUCAGGACUACUUGGGUCACUGCGCUCAAUUCUUUGGAUUCCUGUCUCUCAGUACUCAUAUCGGGGACUAACGACAGCGGCUUUUAACCACGUCCACUCCCUUAGUCUCGAUUUCCACCUUUCCAAGCGCACCGGAGAAGUUCUAUCAGCACUCAACAAGGGCUCGUCUAUCAACCAGUUUCUUGAGCAAGUGACCUUCCAGGUGUUUCCCAUGCUUAUCGAUCUCUUCCUCUCGAUCUCGGUUUUCUACACCCUUUACGGACCACUAUAUGCCGAGAUCAAUCUUGUCGAUACUUGUUGGUAUCUGUACAUGACUAUCAAGAUGGCUUCGACCCGAGCAGAUCAGCGCCGAGAGAUGACCAAUGCUGAUCGUGAAGAAGAGGCAGUGAAGAACGACUCAAUUUCCAGCUAUGAAACUGUCAAAUACUUCAACGCGGAAGACUUUGAGUCAAAACGAUACCAAGACAAGGUUGCCGUCUUUCAGGGGGCCGAGGCUAAGGUGCAGAUGGGUAUGAUGAUGAUGAACAUCUGUCAGACCGUGGUUUUCAACCUCGGUAGGAUCAUUGCAGCAUUGGUCUGCGGCUGGCAGUGUGCUAUGGGUCUUCGCACCACAGGCGACUGGUUCAUGGUUGUUUCUUACUUGACACAGCUCCAAGGCCCUCUCAACUUCUUCGGCACUUUUUACCGAACUGUGCAGCAAGCAAUGAUCUCAGGCGAGAGAUUACUCGAGCUCUUCAAAAUCCAGCCAACGGUGGUGGAUACACCUCAUGCUGUCCCAUUAGAAAAGGACUUCCAAGGUCAUGUGCGCUGGAACAAUGUGAGCUUCGCGUAUGAUCGACGAAAGCCCGCGUUACGCAACAUCUCGUUCGAGUGUCUGCCUGGAACCACGACUGCUUUUGUGGGCGAGUCGGGAGGUGGCAAGUCGACAUUGUUUCGCCACAUGUUCAGGUAUUACGACUGUGACGAGGGAUCCAUCGAAUUAGACGGUCGAGAUGUCAAGGACCUGACCAUCAACUCGGUCAGGGAGAAGAUUGGCGUUGUUCCUCAGGACACAACCCUUUUCAACGAGAGCUUGAUGUUCAACCUCAAAUACGCAAGACCGUCAGCAACAGAUGAAGAAGUCUACGCCGCCUGCCAGGCCGCUAGUAUCCAUGAUCGCAUUCUUUCUUUCCCCGACCAAUACAACACGCAGGUCGGCGAACGAGGUCUUCGUCUGAGUGGUGGCGAGAAGCAGCGAGUCGCUAUUGCACGAACGAUUCUCAAGGAUCCUCGUAUCAUUAUGCUGGAUGAAGCUACUUCGGCGCUAGACUCUCACACUGAACAAGAGAUUCAAGACAAUGUGUGGAACAUUGGGCAAGGCCGUACCUUGCUCAUCAUCGCACAUCGACUUUCCACCAUUACGCAUGCUGAUCAGAUCAUCGUUUUGAGCUCUGGUGCCAUUGUUGAGAAGGGCACACAUGACGAACUUCUGGCAGCCAAAGGACGAUAUGCUUCGAUGUGGGAGAAGCAGAUUAGAGCCGAGCGCGCACUAAACGUAGCUCUUCAGGCGCAAUUGAAAGCGGCAAGGGCCCUUCGUAAGGCCAAGAUGGGCAUGAAGAGAAACUCGGAGGGUGCCAUUGCUAGCUAUGACGACCUUGAAUCAUCAGGAAGUCUGUCUGGCACUGGCUCUCAAGGCCAUGGGGACGACACACACACUUCAUCGUCAUCCUCGGACGCAGAGUCAAGCCACAGCGGGGAUCACUCCAGCGAGCGUGAGCGAAAGUGA